CCCCAUCCCGCCCAGCGUACGAAAUUCCUCCAACAACCAGAUACGUCCUGACCACCAUUAGAUACCCGUUGAAUCUAUUGGGAGACUGCCAAAAUGUCGAAGAUCACAGUCGCUAAUGUCCGGACGCAAGUCUCGGAGCUCCUCGAGUACUCCAACGAGACCAAGAAGCGCAACUUCCUCGAGACGGUCGAGCUCCAGAUCGGCCUCAAGAACUAUGACCCCCAGCGUGACAAGCGUUUCUCCGGCACCAUCAAGCUGCCCUCGGUCCCCCGCCCCAACAUGGCCAUCUGCAUCCUGGGUGACCAGCACGAUCUCGACCGUGCCAAGCACGGCGGUGUCGAUGCCAUGUCGGCCGACGACCUGAAGAAGCUCAACAAGAACAAGAAGCUCAUCAAGAAGCUGGCUCGCAAGUACGACGCCUUCAUCGCUUCCGAGGCCCUCAUCAAGCAGAUCCCUCGUCUCCUGGGCCCCGGUCUGUCCAAGGCUGGCAAGUUCCCCACCCCGGUCUCGCACGCCGAUGACCUGAGCGGCAAGAUCACCGAGGUCAAGUCCACCAUCAAGUUCCAGCUCAAGAAGGUUCUCUGCAUGGGUGUCGCCGUCGGCAACGUCGGCAUGGAGCCCGAGCAGCUGGUCGCCAACGUCAUGCUGGCCAUCAACUACCUCGUCUCCCUCCUCAAGAAGGGCUGGCAGAACGUUGGAAGCCUGACCAUCAAGGCUUCCAUGUCUCCCCCCAAGCGCCUGUACUAAGCCGGGUCAUACGUCUCGUCGCCGGCCGCGACUCGCGGUUCCACGUCUGUGUAGCUGGAAACAGAUGACAUAGACUAGAAUUUCGUCAAUCGAGUCAAGGUUGCGCUAUAUGAUCUUUGCCAUGUUGCAAUGGGAAGUGAUUCGAAGCAGCCCCUCCCAGCACCCGGUGCCAGCUAUCGAGACGCGUAAAGUAGCCGCGGAUGCACAAGAUGAUGGAUGUUGAUUGUAAGAUUUUCUCUAUCGCUAUAAUCAUAUUCAACAG